AUGGCUGGCCCAAGAUUUGACGAUCCUGUUUACGGCAGUAAUGUUGUGACAGGGAUCAGUGCUACAGGCAACGCUCACCAAACCUUCAACUUCAAUCAACGCUUCGAGGCGAGACCAUUCUUUUUGUUUCCUUACGAGAAGAACGAUGAUUUUGUUCCGCGACCUGAGAUAUCAUCAAAACUUGGCGAGCUUUUGCCAAAUAAUUCCGACGACUUUCGAAGCGCCGCUCUUUGGGGCCUUGGAGGAUCUGGAAAGACCCAAAUCGCUCUAGAUUUUGCAUACAGUCGAUAUGGUAAAAGACAAUGCUCCGUAUUUUGGGUCCAUGCGGAUAGCGAGGCGACAUUUGCACAAGAUUAUGGCUCAAUCGCGAGUGUGCUGGGCACCAACACUCAAUGUUCUGAGCAUGAGCUUUUACAAAACGCACGGCAUAAAAUUGAGUCAUUGCCUAGAUGGCUACUUAUAAUCGAUAACGCGGACGACCUAUCUCUAUUUGGCGUCGGCUCGACAGUAAGAAACACCAGAAGGAUCAUGCAUUACAUCCCCAAAGGCCCAAAUGGCACUAUCUUAUGGAUCAGCCGCGAUGAAGCAAUUGUUGGGAGUCUCGUGGGCAUGCGGAGAGGUAUAGCUGUACCAAGGAUGACUUCAGAAGGAAGCAAAGCAUUACUUGAGUCGACAAUGCCUCGGUCGAUAGGCGCAGAUGAGUUAGAUGAUGCUAUUUUGCUGCUUAAAGAGCUGCAGUUCCUGCCUCUCGCUAUUUCGCAAGCUGGGGCCUACAUGCGAAGAACAGAGACGUCAGUCAACAAGUAUCUUAAUGACUUCAAAGAAGAAACAACGCGUCGGCGCAUGCUCAUGCUCAAAGAACACGAGUUCGACAGAUACAGGUUACACAACGGUUCAAACAGCAUUAUUGAGACUUGGAGUCCUUCGAUUCACCACAUGCACCAAGAGAACGAGCUGGCAUACAAGAUUCUGCACAUAUUGGCCUACGUGGAUAAACAGGCCAUCACUGAGCAGGUUCUGGAAGCUGCCGUCUCGUACGGGGAAACAAAACAGAAGGGAGACAUGCUUGAGAGUAAGAAGAGAGAAGCGAUACGCCGACUCAAGAACUUCUCUGUCCUAAUAGAGCACAAAUUUGGCGAUAAUGAACGCACUUAUGAGAUACACAAGCUUGUUAAAGAUGCCAUACGGCACAAUCUACGAAAUGCAAGCAUACUAGACGGACACGCGAACAACACGAAGAAAGACUCCCAUUGUUUAGGAGCGUGUAUCAAGAGACAGUUUAGGAAUAAUGGAAGCUGCAAAGCAGUUAGGAGGAAGGGAGAGGAGUACUUUGCCAGUGCAGCAGCAGCAGUUGUUGCAAGUGCUUAUCCACACAAGACUCGUCUCAAACCAGCAUAA